GUUGGACAUAAGACCGCGAGUUACUAUUGUUGCGUCACUGUACUAGGUUUGGUCUCCUAUUGAUCAUCCGUUUAAUUGUCUGAAAACUAAUAUAUCUUGAACAGUAUUGGUCUUUCAAAUAUAUAUACAUAUAUAUACUCAGUAUGGCUCAGGGAAAACUUAAAGUCAAAACCAAAUUACCCAAAGGAGUAAAAUCCGGUAAAAGUGAAAGGUCUUUACAGAAACAAUCCGCCAAACCACUGCGCAAAGGGACUCGUGUUAUAAAACCAAAAAAAGAAAGACUAAAAGAAGCUCAUGAAAUGAAGAAGCAUAUGGAAAAAUUGUUAAAAAAAUCAGUGGAAAAACAAGCUAUUGAGAAAGUGUCGUCUUGUGAACCCCGUUCACUAAAAAUUGUAAAAGAAUAAUAAAUCAUUAAGAAUGUACAUACUCAAGAA